GCCGACCUUCCGAUCUCUUGUCAAAUCGCUAAAUCGCUAGGUUAAAUCGUCAAAGUUGACCUUCACACAUCAACUUGUUUAAUGAGGACAAUAUACACGUGAUGUCUACAUCAUGUGUGUCUUACGCGUCUAACUUAUGAAUAUUGCUAGCCUUACUAUUUAAAGUUGAUAAUUCGUUAUGAAUUAGCUUAUUCGCUGUCUAGUCUUCGCUUACAUCGCCAAUAGUAGACUAACUUCUCUUCUCAGCUUACCCAAUUUGAACGCUAUACAUGACAUAUCUAUGGGAAGAGUUCCGCACGGAAAAUAACAAGAUGGCACAGAACAAGCUUGCACCCGUUUUGCUCCUCGAUGGAGGGUUAGGGACAUCUCUCGAGGAUAAGUGCGGCGUCAAGUUUGAUGAAAAUACCCCAUUAUGGUCGUCUCAUCUUCUUAUUGAUGAUCCCGAGACCCUCCGUUUAUGCCAGGGAGAUUUUGGCAGUAUCCCCGUCGAUAUAUUGCUAACAGCAACAUAUCAAGUAUCUGCGGAGGCCUUUGCACGAACUAAAACUCCCGAUCACCCGCUGGGUAUUUCCCGCGAUGAUAUUGUACCUUUCCUUGAUGUUGCUGUUUCCAUUGCCGAAGAAGUCAAGGUGCCCAAUGCUCAUAUUGCUCUUAGUCUUGGGCCAUAUGGGGCAACCAUGGUUCCGAGUCAAGAAUAUGGUGGUAAAUACGAUACGGAACAUGACUCACUAGAAAAGCUUGUCGGUUGGCAUAGGGACCGCAUUCGAUUAUUCGACCAGAUCGAUCGCAUUGGAUCUCGUAUUGGAUUCAUCGCAUUCGAAACUGUCCCCAGACUAGACGAAAUCAAAGCUAUCAGAAAGCUCUUCACGCGUGCUUCACCAAGUGGUUUUAAUACACCCUCACUUCUCCAUGGGAAUAUCCCAUUUUGGGUAUCUUGUGUAUUUCCCGGUGAUAGAUACACUCUUCCUGAUGGUAGUUUUGUCGAUCAAGUGGUGGAUGUGCUCCUAAGCUCAGACUAUUCGGAUAUUACCCCGUGGGGAAUUGGCAUCAAUUGCACAAAAGUGGCCAAGGUCGCCGAGCUGGUUAAUAUGUAUGAAAGUGCUGUUUCUCGAUUGACAAGUACUGGCAAACUCAAAACCCAACCCAGCCUGGUUCUUUAUCCUGAUGGAACCAAGGGUGAAGUGUACGACACCACAACAAAAACUUGGCGCGCACCAGCUAGCCAACCACUUCCCAUGGUAAGUGCCACCAGAAGCAUGAUUAUGCAGUCCUAAGCAAGGGGGCUAAUCAUUGAUUUAGUCCUCGUGGGAGCACCAAGUUGCCGACGUGGUCGUUCACGCUCGAAGUCGACAGUGUUGGAGUUCCAUCGUGGUUGGCGGUUGUUGCAAGGCCAACCAUGACAAUAUUAGAAGGCUUCGUGCCAUUAUUCGCGGUACCUAAUUAGUAUCAUCAAAGCGACCCCAAUCAAAACCCUCAUUUGCCAUUCGGCUAUGUUCCGUUAUGCGCAUUGUUAAUAAAUAUUAUGAACAUCGGGAUUGCUAUAUUUCCCCCUCGUUUUCUAUCCAAGGAAAGAGGGCGGAGCCGGUACAGAGCCGCAAUCCAAUCAACUGGUAACGGCUAUUUUCCUCGAGAUAUAUUAAACCAUGUGUCACCUUGUACGGACGAGAAAGUUGCCAUGCAUACCGCAUGGAACACUACCAAGACCGCGCAUGCCCUUGUUCUUUGUCGGCUUUAUGUUUUUUUAGACAAAGCGAACAGAUAGCCGACGGCUACUGACCAUCAUAAGAACUUCAAUCGUGCUGGAUAGGUAUAUUCCAUAUCCCGAUAUGCCGUUACUGAUCGACAAUUCAUGAUUUAAGACAACUUAUCUUAUUCGG